AUGGCUGAUACCGUUGGCAAGACCAUCAAGUGUAAGGCCGCCGUCGCCUGGGAAGCUGGCAAACCCCUCAGUAUCGAGGAGAUCGAAGUUGCGCCGCCCCAAGCCCACGAAGUCCGAAUUCAGAUCGUCUACACGGGAGUUUGUCAUACAGAUGCCUACACGUUAUCCGGCAAGGACCCAGAAGGCGCAUUCCCUAUCGUUUUGGGACAUGAGGGAGCCGGUAUUGUCGAAUCUGUUGGCGAGGGCGUCACCAACGUAAAACCGGGUGACCACGUUGUCGCACUAUACACUCCCGAAUGUAAGGAAUGCAAGUUCUGCAAGUCUGGCAAGACGAAUCUUUGCGGCAAGAUUCGGGCGACCCAGGGCAGAGGUGUCCUUCCGGAUGGCACCUCACGCUUCACCUGCAAGGGACAAAAACUUCUCCACUUCAUGGGAACGUCGACUUUCUCUCAGUACACCGUCGUAGCCGACAUCUCCGUCGUUGCUGUCCAGCAAGAUGCUCCUAUGGACCGAACUUGCCUGCUAGGCUGCGGUAUCACUACCGGUUACGGUGCUGCGAGAAUCACGGCCAACAUUGAAGAGGGUUCUAACGUGGCGGUCUUCGGAGCCGGUUGCGUCGGUCUUUCGGUUGUCCAAGGCGCUGUUGCCCAGAAGGCGGGUAGAAUUAUCGUCGUUGAUGUGAACCCAACCAAGGAAGAAUGGGCCAAGAAGUUUGGAGCCACCGACUUUGUUAACCCUACUAAGUUGGAAGGACAAACGAUCCAAGAAAAGCUCAUCGAGAUGACUGAUGGUGGCUGCGACUACACUUUUGACUGUACUGGUAACGUCAGCGUGAUGCGAGCAGCAUUAGAAGCUUGCCAUAAGGGUUGGGGUCAGAGUAUCAUCAUCGGCGUCGCUGCCGCCGGCCAAGAGAUCUCAACUCGACCAUUCCAGCUAGUCACCGGGCGUGUAUGGAAAGGCUGCGCUUUUGGCGGUGUCAAGGGCCGAUCUCAACUUCCCGGCCUCGUCAGCGAUUAUCUAGAAGGUAAGCUAAAGGUGGAUGAGUUUAUCACUCACCGCGAAGAUUUAGACCACAUUAACACCGCGUUUGAGUUAAUGAAGGCGGGCGAUUGCAUUCGUUGCGUUGUGACCAUGAAGGAAUAAAAAAUGACACGAGUCAAUAUCUUACCUAUAGAACCGACUGGAAUCUGAUGAAAAUGGGUCUGACGAGUCAUGAAAAAUAAGUCGCAAAGUGUAUCCCUAGCUUUUAGUCUAAGCAGUUUAUGAAUAUUGUCCUUUGAUAGUGAACAAUUUACUCUUUUUCGCUCGAUCGACAAUGAGGCGUAUUUUCCAGCGCGUAAAAGGUCUCUCACCAGCUACCUUGAAGCCUUGCUAAUAUGCAAAAAGUCCCCAGCUUCCAUGUCAAACAUUAUUGCAAGAGCCUCUCCUAGUGAGUCCGUAGUCCAAGGCGAUUGUGGCAUUACCAACUAGCCAACCCAUGGUACUCUUUCAUGAAACGGGCACUAACAUGUAAAUGGGCCACGAAUAUGCCAUGCGCUUCUUGUCGACAUUGGAAGGUCUCACACAAGAACAGUACUGUUCCAUACGAAUACUCUGUUUCAGGGAAAUCGUUGGCGGACAACCGAUAGCUCACAAAUUCGGGAAGAGAAUCAAAGAGACGAACACCAAAGAAGCCACUAGCCUAGUAUAUACGUAUCUCGGAUAGGUUUAGAUAGGCGGUCUAGAUCCUAGAGGCUACAUAGGGCAGGUAAAAGAAGCCAUCAUAUU